AACUUUAAUUGACGUUUCUUACUUUCUUCAUCUCGUGUUUUUCCGUAAAAAAUUAGAUUUUUUUAAUUAGUAUUUUUGGUUAAAUUACUCUUCUUCAACGUAACCAUGAACUGUACAUAAUGAAAUAAUUAGUGAAACUAAGAUAGUGCCCAUUUUUUUUGGUGUUUUGAUGUAGUUUUGUUUAGGUGUUAUUGCCUUGUUUUCAAGUUAUUGUUAACCUAGUAAAUAUGUCUGAGAAACCCGUGGCUGCGAGUGGCAACCAGCCCAUCGUGAAGAUUGGGCACUACACGCUGGGGGCCACUCUUGGGGUGGGCACCUUCGGCAAGGUAAAGAUAGGCGAGCACCAACUGACGAAGCACAAAGUGGCUGUGAAGAUCCUCAAUAGACAGAAAAUAAAGUCCCUAGACGUGGUUGGAAAGAUCAGACGAGAGAUACAGAACCUCAAGCUGUUCAGGCACCCACAUAUUAUAAAACUGUACCAGGUGAUAUCCACACCAACUGACAUCUUCAUGAUUAUGGAAUAUGUGUCUGGCGGGGAGCUCUUUGACUACAUCGUAAAGCGUGGAAAACUGCAGGAACACGAGGCACGGCGGUUUUUCCAACAGAUCAUCUCCGGAGUCGACUACUGCCACCGACAUAUGAUUGUGCACCGGGACUUAAAGCCAGAGAACCUCCUAUUAGACCAUAAUAUGCACGUCAAGAUUGCAGACUUUGGUCUGUCUAACAUGAUGAUGGACGGAGAAUUUUUACGGACUUCGUGUGGGUCUCCAAAUUAUGCAGCUCCUGAGGUUAUUUCAGGGAAGUUGUAUGCAGGUCCAGAAGUAGACGUAUGGUCUUGUGGCGUCAUUCUUUACGCUUUGCUAUGUGGUACAUUGCCUUUCGAUGAUGAACAUGUUCCGACUCUCUUCCGGAAGAUCAAAUCGGGCAUAUUCCCGAUACCUGAGUACUUAAACAAGAGUGUUGUGAGUCUGUUAUGCAUGAUGCUUCAAGUGGACCCAAUGAAACGGGCCAGUAUUGAGGACGUGAAGAAACAUGACUGGUUCCAAAAGGAUCUACCGGGGUAUCUGUUCCCAUCCCCUGUAGAACAGGACAGCAGUGUAAUUGACACGGAAGCUAUAGCAGAAGUGUGCGAGAAGUUUGGAGUUAAAGAGCACGAAGUACAUAAUGCUUUGUUGAGCGGAGACCCGCACGACCAACUGGCUAUCGCUUACCACCUAAUUAUAGACAAUAAACGUAUUGCUGACGAAGCCGCUAAGGCUGAAAUCAAGGACUUUUAUGUAGCUAAUAAUUCCCCGCCGGCCACGAGCGAGAGUUCCCGGCCGCACCCCGAGCGUAUUGCGCCGCUGCGGGACAAGCCCGCGCCCGCCGCGCUUCCCCAGGCGGACAAGAAGGGAACACCUGUUAAGAGAGCGAAGUGGCACCUGGGCAUCCGCUCUCAAAGCAAGCCCAACGACAUCAUGCUGGAGGUGUUCCGCGCCAUGAAGGCGCUCGACUACGAGUGGAAGGUCAUCAACCCCUACCACGUGAGGGUGCGGACACUAAACAAAAUGACGGACAAGUUCGUGAAGAUGUCGCUUCAGCUGUACCAGGUGGACUACAAGUCCUACCUGCUGGACUUCAAGUCGCUGUCCGGCGAGCGCGAGGACAGCGACGACGAGCCCGCCUCGCCCAUGGCGCCGCCGCCGCCCGCCACGCCCACCACGCCGCAAGGUCACCACACUAUGGAGUUCUUCGAGAUGUGUGCAGCGCUCAUCAUCCAGCUCGCUCGGUAACUCGCCGCGCCUCGCUCGUAGACGGAACAUGCCUUGAGACUUGUAUUCUAAACACACCGAAGAAAUUGACGUGAAUUCAAACCAAAGGAAAUGGAGUCAUAAAAUGACAAUCACGCGUCAAUCUUGGCGUCAAACGCUUGACAGUGACGCGCUUAUCAGACUGCUUAAGCUUUUAGUCGCUUACUUUUACCGUUUUUUAUAUUAUGAAUUAUUCACGUCCCGUGUUUUGACCAGAUAAUAAUAUAAAUGAAAACAUUAAUUGUGCAAUAAUAAAAAAAAAACUCAUCAAAGUCCAAGGCAUGACCUAGUGUUCCCUAAAUCUCCACUAAUAAAAAAAUCAGCUAACAUCAUUUCAGUAUCCUAUUAAAACUUUGAAGUAUUCGCUUUACUUAGGUCCCCAUGUUACGAUAUACUUCAUACAAAUAGACUGAGGCGAAGUUCAAAGUAAUUUAAAAGAGUAUCGACCUUCCUGUAGGUGUAUAUUUUAUUUCGAUUACGAAUUUCGACAAAGUGCUUGCUACACGGGUCCACAAAAGACAAUCAAACACUCGUGUGGUGCAUCGAGUAAAACCAGAGACAAAUACAGAUAAAAUAUCACAAACCAUAGAGAAGUGGGCGUGGCUUCUCACCCACACGAGUGUUGUCUUUGCCCACGGCCACAGACCCGUGUGGUCAGCCCUUAACAUGGGAAAGUUAAUUUCAUUAUGAAAAGUAACAUUUUCAGCUAAUAUUAUUAUAACUUUUAUUUUAAUUUUGCGUCUAACUUACGUUUUUAAAUGUUGUGAAUUGGUUAAUACUUCGGUACUUAUUAAUUUAUUUAAAAAGGGUAAUGUAUCAGUAUUUAGUUACACCUUACUUCCAAUUGCAUGCAUAUUGUGAUAAACAAGUAUAUUGUUAUGUUGUAUGUUUAUUUACCAAAGAUUUAUCAGCAAAAGUGCCUUUAUAUAAUUGCACGAAUAAUUUUAUGGUUCGUACGGAAACUGGAAAGAGAAUGUAACAGUAAGAAGAAAGCAAUGAAUAGCAUACUAAAUAAUGGGAUGAAUAUGAAAGUUAAUACUUUCAUACAAUAAUUUAGCGGCUACAAUCAGAACGCAAUAUUUGCUAUCGCAUGUUUUGAAAUAAUUUGAAAAACCGUCACCAUUAGACAUUUGCGCAACUAGCAAGAAAGUGUUCCGUAGCAGUGAUAUUUUUGUAGAAGUAAUUUAUAUUUAUACGAAUUACAUAUUAUUGUUUUAGUAUGCUAUUCAUUGUUUCCUAGAUAGAUAUACAAGAGUUGUUUUUAUAGCAAUAGAAAAGGGUUAUGGGUGUCACGCAAUAAGUAUUGAAUAAAAGGAAGUUAGGGGAUAUUGUACAUUUCGUAGUCUAGUUGUAUAGUUCGUCGAUUUAUUUGAAAUUAUUUAAUAUUGAACAAAUGAUAAACAUGUUGUACAGCUUAGUGUGUGUAUAGUGCAAUUCCAAAAUUUAGCUUCCAUUAAUUAAUGAAUCAUUAAACAUGUCAAAAAAUAUUGUCUUUUAUUUCCCGUAUUAAAUCUAAAAUCAAAUAAAAGUCGGAAAUGUAACAGAAUACUGUAAUUUAUUACAGAUCUAAUCAUUAAAAUUAAAAAUGACUAAGUAAUUUGUUGGUACAUAACAAGUGGAUAUUUAGUUCUAUCUAGUUUCACAUCAGUAUCUCGUGUAAUAAAUAAAACUUACAUUGCAAUUAUUUCAAUAUCGAGGUCUCCUAAAAAUUGGCUAACAAAUAUCACAAGAAAUAUAUCUGUUCCAGUGUCAUGUGUUUCGUUUUUUUUCUUAUAGAUCAUUUUAAUUUUGUCAACAUUUCUAAGA